AAACCUGUUUAGUAUACGGUUUAUAUUACUUUCUUCUUAUAACCAGGACAGAGGAGAGAAGAGAAGGUGCGGCGAGCAGAGGAGCUGAACAGUGAGAUACCAAAAGAACAGGAAAGAAGUUAUGAGACCAGGGCUGCUGCAAAAACUGAGAGGGCGGUGUAAUCAAAGACCGAGCGCAAGUAGAAGCAGUAACUGAUAGAGAUCAACUUACAACCAAGACAGACUCUCUCAGCUGAAAGGAACAUGGGGACGGAUAACAGCACUUUCAAUGCAACUCAGUCACCUGAACAAGGCGCAGCUUCCACACACAUACACACAGCCUCCAUUGUCAUCUACUGUGUGAUAUUUAUAGCUGGAACUCUGGGCAAUGGCCUGGUUAUCUAUGUGACGGGCUUCAAAAUGCAGAAAACAGUCGACUCAGUUUGGUUUCUCAACUUGGCCAUAGCUGACUUCCUCUUCACGGCCUUCCUAAUUUUCUCGAUCAUUUCUCUCUCUCAGAGUCAACAAUGGCCUUUUGGAGCAUUCAUGUGCAAGCUCAACACCUUUGUGAGUGUAGUCAACAUGUUUGCCAGUAUUUUGUUUUUAACAGCCAUGAGUCUGGAUCGUUGUUUGUGUAUCUGGGUGGUGGUGUGGGCACACAACAAACGCACAGUCAUCAAAGCUCAGCUUAUAUCAGCUGGGAUCUGGGUGAUCGCUGGCGUCUUCAGCACUCCUUAUGCCACUUUUCGUACUGUUUCAGCAAGUACUGGGAAUAUGACCUGUUAUUAUGAGUUUAAAACUAAUGAAUCAAAAUGGACUCUGGACAUUUUUCGCUUUGUUAUGGGCUUUGUGAUCCCAUUCCUGAUAAUAGUGAUGUCUUAUGUGUCCAUUGGUAUCCGUGCAAUGCGCAUGCCGAGAACAAGGAGACACAGAUCUCGCCGAAUCAUUUUCUCCAUCAUUUUUGCAUUCUUCAUCUGUUGGUUGCCUUUCCACAUUUUCAAUUUUAUAGAAUUAAGGUUUAGUACUAACUUAGAGAUCCUGGGGAUUGUUAGAAUGUAUGGUCCUCUGACUGUGAGUCUGGCUUUUCUGAACAGCUGUUUGAACCCCAUCCUUUAUGUUUUCAUGUGUGAAGAAUUCCAGAAGAAAUUUCGACAGUCCAUUUGUUUUGUACUCGAGAGUGCACUGGCAGAAGACCAUUUGUCAUUUCUGUCCACCCGCUCCAUGUCAUCCACCUUUUCAAAAGCUUCCCAAAAGUCAGACACUGCUGCCACUUUAGAUCGGAUCGACCCAGCCAUUUAUGAAAACAUCCCAGAAAGCACAGUAAUCAUCACUGAGGGGAUUCCUAGGACUGAAUAAGAGUGCACCACCAGACAAUGUAAAUUGAAAUGAAUUUUAUUGAAUUGAAUGUUUUUGUUUUGUUUUGUUUUGUUUUUUUGUUUUUUUACAAAUUUUAAACUCUUGCACAGAAAUAUAAAAUGUCAGCAUGUUAGUAUGGUACUUGUCUGUUGUUGCACAUACAGGGAAUAUCCCACUAUGCUUACACAAUGUUUACUUACAAUAGUAAGAAAGAGGAGUUACAACUUUAUUUAGCCAGAAUACAUUAAAACCUAUGCGUGCUGCAUCUCUGCAUUAAAAUUCACUAAAACAGUUUAACAUAUGAAGAGAUUUUUGUGUUGU